AGAUUUGAGUUAUUUUCUAUGGCGUCUGGUUUGCUCUAUUGAAGGUGAAGGUCCGCUCAUCUCCGCCAGCAUUCGCUGUCAAUGGCUUUCAGGACUUAUUUUAUUUGAAUGUCUGGGCUUUUAACACUUUCGUCCAAAGAAACCAAUAAUGGAUAUUCUAUGGAUUUUAUGGAUAAUACCAACCGCUAUAGCUGUAGAAGAGACACUAAUGGACUCCACCACAGCGACAGCUGAGUUGGGCUGGACAGUCUAUCCCGUGUCAGGGUCCAAUGACAACAGCUGGGAGGAGGUAAGUGGAUACGAUGAGAACAUGAACACCAUCCGCACCUACCAGGUGUGCAACGUGUUCGACAACAACCAGAACAACUGGGUCCGCACCAAGUACAUCCGGCGCCGGGGUGCACAGCGGAUCCACGUGGAGAUGAAGUUCUCCGUGCGAGACUGCAGCUCCAUCCCCAACGUGCCCGGCUCCUGUAAAGAGACUUUUAACCUGUACUACUAUGAGUCAGACUCGGACACGGCCAACAAGGUGUCCCCGCCAUGGAUGGAGAACCCCUGGAUCAAGGUGGACACCAUCGCGGCCGAUGAGAGCUUCUCCCAGGUCGACCUUGGCGGCCGGGUGAUGAAGAUCAACACAGAGGUGCGGAGCUUCGGCCCCGUGUCCAAACAUGGAUUCUACCUGGCCUUCCAGGACUACGGCGGCUGCAUGUCCCUCAUCGCCGUGCGUGUCUUCUACAGGAAGUGUCCUCGCGUCAUCCAGAAUGGAGCUGUGUUUCAGGAGACCCUCUCUGGGGCAGAGAGCACCUCUCUGGUGGCAGCACGGGGUGUGUGUAUCUCCAACGGGGAGGAGGUGGACGUGCCCAUCAAACUGUACUGCAACGGGGAUGGGGAGUGGAUGGUGCCCAUCGGGCGCUGCAUGUGCAAGGCUGGCCACGAGGCUGUGGAGAACGGGACUGUGUGUAGAGCUUGUCCAUCGGGCUUCUUCAAGCCUAUACAGGGUGAUGUAUCCUGCAUGCAGUGUCCAAUCAACAGCCGCACCACCAACGAAGGAGCCACUAACUGUGUGUGCCGCAACGGUUACUAUCGCACUGACUCAGAUCCCUUCCAGAUGCCCUGCACAACGGUGCCAUCGGCUCCUCAGAACGUUCUGUCUAUCGUGAAUGAGACGUCUCUGAUACUGGAGUGGCAGCCUCCUAGGGAGUCAGGUGGCCGUGAGGACGUGGUCUUCAACAUCAUCUGUAAGAGCUGUGGAGGGGGUCGGGGAGGCUGCACGCGCUGUGGGGACAAUGUCCAGUUUGUACCCCGCCAGCUGGGUCUGACAGAGCCACGUGUUUACAUCAGUGACCUGCUGGCGCACACACAGUACACCUUCGAGGUGCAGGCCGUCAAUGGGGUCUCCGAGCAGAGCCCCUACUCACCACAGUACUCCUCCGUCAACAUCACAACCAACCAGGCUGCUCCGUCGACAGUGUCCAUCAUGCACCAGAUCAGUCGUACCGUGGACAGCAUCACUCUGUCCUGGUCUCAACCAGACCAGCCCAAUGGAGUCAUUCUGGACUAUGAACUGCAGUACUAUGAGAAGGACCAGACAGAGUACAACUCAACCAUCAUAAAGAGCCAGACCAACACAGUGGUCAUCCGCGGUCUCAAACCAGGCGCGAUCUAUGUGUUCCUGGUUCGCGCCAGGACCGUGGCCGGAUUUGGCCGCUACAGCGGCAAGCUCUACUUCCAAACCAUGACUGAGGAGGAGUACAACACCAGCAUUCAGGAGAAACUGCCUCUUAUCAUCGGCUCUGCAGCUGCAGGUCUGGUCUUCCUCAUCGCAGUGGUUGUCAUUGUCAUCGUCUGCAACCGGAGGCGUGGCUUUGACCGAGCAGACUCAGAGUACACAGACAAGCUGCAGCACUACACCAGCGGCCACAUGACUCCAGGAAUGAAGAUAUAUAUCGAUCCGUUUACAUAUGAGGACCCCAACGAGGCUGUGAGGGAGUUUGCUAAGGAGAUUGACAUCUCUUUUGUAAAGAUUGAGCAAGUCAUUGGCGCAGGAGAGUUCGGGGAGGUGUGCAGUGGGAACCUGAGGCUCCCAGGCAAGAGGGAGAUGUUUGUGGCCAUCAAGACGCUGAAGUCGGGCUACACAGAGAAGCAGAGACGGGACUUCCUGUCUGAAGCGUCCAUCAUGGGUCAGUUUGACCACCCGAAUGUGAUCCACCUGGAGGGUGUGGUCACCAAGAGUGCCCCCGUCAUGAUCAUCACUGAGUUCAUGGAGAACGGAUCACUGGACUCCUUCCUCAGACAAAACGACGGUCAGUUCACGGUGAUCCAGCUGGUGGGCAUGUUGCGUGGCAUCGCCUCUGGCAUGAAGUACCUGGCCGACAUGAACUACGUCCACCGCGACCUAGCCGCACGCAACAUCCUGGUCAACAGCAACUUGGUCUGCAAGGUGUCUGACUUCGGCCUGUCACGUUUUCUGGAGGACGACACGUCAGACCCCACCUACACCAGCGCCCUGGGAGGGAAGAUCCCUAUCCGAUGGACAGCCCCUGAAGCCAUCCAAUACAGGAAGUUCACAUCCGCCAGUGAUGUCUGGAGCUAUGGCAUCGUCAUGUGGGAAGUCAUGUCCUAUGGAGAGAGACCUUACUGGGACAUGACCAAUCAAGACGUGAUCAAUGCCAUAGAGCAGGACUACCGGCUGCCCCCUCCCAUGGACUGCCCUAGUGCCCUGCACCAGCUCAUGCUGGACUGCUGGCAGAAGGACCGUAACAACCGGCCCAAGUUCAGCCAGAUUGUCAACAACCUGGACAAGAUGAUCCGCAACCCCAACAGUCUGAAGGCCAUGACCCCUCUGUCAUCAGGUGUCCAUCUUCCUCUCCUGGACCGCAGUGUUCCAGACUUCUCCAGCUUCAGCACAGUGGACGAGUGGCUGGAUGCCAUCAAGAUGGGCCAGUACAAAGACAACUUUGCCAACGCUGACUUCACCAGCUUUGAUGUGGUUUCCCAGAUGACUAUGGAUGACAUCCUGAGUGUGGGUGUAACGUUAGCAGGCCACCAGAAGAAGAUCCUGAACAGUGUGCAGAUGAUGCGUGCCUCCAUGAACCAGAUCCAGUCUGUGGAAGUUUGACCAUCCAGAGUGGAGCAGAGGAGAGGGGAUUGGGAUGCAGGACCCUGGGUGCACGGAUGGAGUGGAUAUGUUUUUGCUUGACCGUGAACCUGGGUUUCCUACCAGACUACCGUCCAUCCCUGGUCCCCCCUUCCAAUCCCUCUCCUGUCCUCCUCUAUGCCCUCAUCCAAAGUCCCCGCAACCUUCGGGAUCAGCUUUGGAAGGUUGUGGCCAGCAUGUCUAAAUGACCAGACGUCAAUCAACGUGGCUCACAACCGUCCAUCUUGGAACCAGGAUCAUGAGAGGUUACUGACCAGAGACACAUUUCUACUACCAUCUUCCACCCAUGUUUUUUAUUUUAUUUACGUUGAACUUUUACGUUUGUUUUAAGAAUUUUGUAAAGAAUUUUGUAAAGAAAAAAAGUUAAGAACUCUAGGAGUCUAUAGAUGGUAUACAAUUGUAAGCUAGGUGAAAUGACUAGAAAGGCUACCCUUUAAAAAGGGCCACAGACAAGAAGACAUUGAAAACUGGGUGAUUUAAGACCAACACUCUCAAAAUGAAUCUGAUAUAUUCUUUGUAAACUAGGUGAACUGACUUCAGAAACAGAAAUGCAACAUAAAUAUUUGCUGCCUCCCUGAAUGGCAAACAGCAGAAGAGACUGAGGAACUUGAUCUAUUCCCCUGUCUUUGAUUUGGGAUGUAAUAUAAGUGUGAGCACCAUGAAAUGGACCUGGCAGAAACUACUGACAUGAACAAAUGAAAGACAUUCAGUGAUCUACCAAUUCAAAAGUAAAGAAAUGUAAACAAAAAUACAUUUUCUCAUAUCAAGUAAUUUCCUUUUCUGUGUGAAUAUUGUGAUGAAGAUUCUCUCUCACCAUGCUUCCUCUCACCAUGGGAAAAUUUAUAUUUUUUCAAUAUUAACAUAACCUGCCAAAUGGAACGUCGUCCCUGUGUACCUCAGAUGAUGUCAUGACGAUGUCAUGAUGACGUCAAGAUCCUGUACACAUCGGAUGCACAUGACAUUGGGACUGUGAUGUGAUCACUAUGAGACGGACAUAGUUACUAAUACCUGGAAGUGAUGGAUUUACAUUUUUCUUAGGGUGACUAUAGGGAGGUUUUUAUCUGUUGUUGUUAUUAUUAUUAGAUUUUUUGGGGCAAAAUGUUAGUUGUGGACUUUGAAGAAUCAGUGUAAUAAGCAGCAAACAUACAGUACUUCCUCCAUGGAUGUAUGGUGUUUACUUAGAAGGAGUGCAAGGAGUGCACAUAUGUUUUGGUCCUCACAUUGUCUUGAGGUUUCCCUGUGUUUUCAGCUUCACUGUGUGUUUGGUUGUGUGUGUCUGCGUGCGUGCCUGGUGCAUGGGUGUAUAUGUGUGUGUAUGCGUGUAUGCGUGCGUGUCUGGUGCAUGGGUGUAUAUGUGUGUGUGUGUCUGCGUGCGUGUCUGGUGCAUAUGUGUGUUUGUGUCUGCGUGCGUGCGUGUCUGGUGCAUGGGUGUAUAUGUGUGUGUGUGUAUGCGUGCGUGUCUGGUGCAUGGGUGUAUAUGUGUGUGUGUGUAUGCGUGCGUGUCUGGUGCAUGGGUAUAUAUGUGUGUGUGUGUAUGCGUGCGUGUCUGGUGCAUGGGUGUAUAUGUGUGUGUGUGUAUGCGUGCGUGUUGCUAAUUGUGCUCGGUGGUACAAAGCAACGGCUCCCAAAGCUGAGGGGGUAGUGUUUGAUAGCAGCAUGCUGAGUUAAUGAUUGAUUUCACAGAGCUUUGAUUUGUUACACUUUACAAAAUAUAAUGCGCUUACAUUAUAUUUAGCUUUUUUCUUGCAAAUUGUUUUCCUUUUAAAAUAAUUUUACAUUGAAGUGUUUGGGUUUUAACACCCUAACAUUGGUACGGUCACAGACAAAUCUUUUCACAACAGGGCAGUAACAUUAGCAUGGGAUAGUGGAUUAUUUUACGCAUAUUUGUAUUGUUAUUAUUGUACAUCGUGGAUGAUUGACAGCUUUUCCAAGUCGUCUCUUGGCAGGGUAUGUGAACGCAGAUCAUACUGGACAAUGGAUGACUAUCUGGAUCUUCCAUGCUCUUUUGGAAUUUUAGGAAAUCAUUAUUAUGUUGGUGCUCACAAAUUGUAGAUAACUGGAGUCCUUGAGACAUCUACUUUCAUUUUAUAGAUACGUAUUGCAUUUACUGUAUGGCUUCUGUGAAAAACUGCCUGGUGAACGGAGAGCUGUCUAUCAUUGGCUUUGUUGUUGUGGCCGAUGUGUUGUUUGAGGGGUUAGGGAGCCUGAUGGGUCUGUUCUAGUUCAAAUCCAUGGAUUCCCCAGGGAUGGUAAAACACAGAGUUUACAUCACUACUGCAGAGCUCCUAAUGGGCAGAUCCACUGAGACAGGCUCAGUACUCAAUACAGACUGAGGAGCCAGACAUGGAGCUCCAGCUGGUCAGACAUGUCCAUUCCUAGUGGGAGUCCACUGCCUGAUCACAGCCCCACUGGCCAGACAGUGGUUCCCUCCAUAUCUCCUCAGAGCUAAACACAUGCCUCAGAUCUACCACUCUUCUCCUCCCACUGUUCUCUGUGCUCUGCUUUUUCAGAUCCAUUGCUUUGUGACUCUGCAUGUUGUCAUGUUGACAGACCAGACUGAAUUUAUGUAGAUAACACACAACCUGUGGGCCCUGUACUGGUUUCACAGCAGGUGGCUAUGUGAGCAGAGGUUCUUCCACAAAAGGUCAUUCUUCCAUAUACAUCAUCAGGUGUCCGCUGUCCGUUUUAAGGCACUUUGCUGUCUGAGCAGAACAGGAGAGGUGUCCUAUGUAGGCCUUAGCAUUAGACCCCUAAACACAGAAUGCGUGAAAUCCUGCCUUUGCUCUCGUCUGUCAGUUAGUCCCCAUUUCAUUCCACCCACUAACCCACAUAGCCGUCCAGAGUCUUAAUAAACGUGGGCAGGAGCAUUGAGGUUUUGAUCCAGCUUCUGUAAUAUCAUCCUCCCUUUAGUUUUCCGUCAACAUUUCUGUGCGUCACCAUGCAUAUUCCAGUGCAGACUCCAUGACAGAUGAAACAGCAGGAAGUGCAUCACUCUAUUAGUCACUGCCCAGAUUAAAAGGGGCAGCGAUUCUGUGACCCAACUGUCACUGAUGUGACCGUGCUGUUCCCUUUCAAAAAGAGCUCACAAAGUACUUUCUUCCUUUCCAUUGCACAACACUAUAAUAUUUAAGGGCACCUCAGUGAUAUUCAGUUAAGCCCAGGCAGCCUGAGUCAGUCUUCCCAAGAUAUAGACAGAUAUCCCACUGUCAGAACAAUCAGUGGCAAUAUAUGUUCAAGAAAGCAGGCCCUGCAGCACAGCACUAGUAUUUGUGCUGAAGACGGUGAUAGUCAUAGGAAGGUGAUGAAGGUGAUUAUCAAGUGAUUAAAAGAGCGGUGUGUAAACAAUGUGACGUUCAAUCAAAAUACAGUACUAGGACAUGUUGUUAGGAUGAGAUGAACUAAAACAUUCAGUAAUGGUGGACUCGUAUUUAGAGUGAUAGGAACAUGAAUAUAGGUCGUAAUAAAGUGGUUUUCUUUUAUUGCAUCGCUCUUGGAAGCGUAGGUUUGGUGUGUUACUUCUGUUCAGAGCAGCUAGAUUCAUAAGGAGUUGAGUCAACACAUGUUUAUUGGUUGCACAGUGUGGGGCCAUGGUGACUGCUGAAAGCGCUGUGUAAUGUAUUUAUUUAUUCUGCCUCGGAACCUAAUGGCACAAAGAAACCCUGUUUAUAUACCGAUAGUUCAUCCAGAGCUAUCCUUUGCUAUUGGCCACAGAAAAAGCUGUCAUCCCUCUUUCUUUUAUUUUUAAGACAUUGAUAGCCUCCUUUUAAGAACAGUACAGCUCAAUGGUACUGGUUUCAUAGCCCCGCCCUUCUGAUAAAACCCCUUGGCACAGUCGCCCUAUUGGCCUGUUGUAAUGGACCUAUUGUAAGUGAUUGACCAAUCUGGUGCGAUUAUGAUGGGCUUAGUUCAGAGAAGAUUAUUCCCACAUUGUAACGUUUUUUAGACUUUGCUGUGUGAAUCCAUGAUGGUCAUUAUCUCACUGGAUAGUUCUCUCUGGUGUGCAAUGCAAGUGUUUAAAGCACCACCCUAAGUACUGUAAAUGGGUUACUUUAUACAUAGAUUGCAUCAAGGACAUUUUUGCAUUGGUGAGAUUUUGCAGCUCGUUGAAGACGAGUAGAAGCUAAAAUAGAAUAAAAACCACACAUAGCUUUUUGUUGAAUGAUAAUGUAUUUUUUUCUCUCCCAAGACCACUUAAAUAACAGACAUUUUAAAGACAGUAAAUGUACACUUCUUCAAAGCACUUAUUGGUGUUUCUAUGUUUACAUUUUUCAUGAGGAAGAAAAUGUCUCAAACGUCUGCUCCGUUAAUAAAAAAUAUAUAUAACAUUUGGCUACCAUCGUUGCAUAUUAUUUAACAGUGCAGGGCAUAUACUUUGUUCUCUCCUUUUUCAAUGUCCAGGCUCAUGAGACAGAUGUAGGAAUGAUGUCUAAAGUGCAUAAUAAUGAUAUAAUAGCAUUGAGACCAGAAUACAUCUGUUUGUUACAGUAAGGGUCUUUGUUUGGAAUCUCAGAUAACUUGCUAGUAUCACAGAACUCUGUCCUCUGCUGUUUUGUACAUCUAAAACUCUCGUCUUUGUUUCAAUGGCUUGUAUCUGCAGAUACUGUUGAUGUUUUACUGUCAAUGUCAUGAUAAGUAAUACAUAACAAUCCCCCCUCUUUUAUUUAUGAAUCAAAACAAAACCAAUGAAUCUGAGAUGUUGAUUCAAUGCACUGUGGACGCAAAGAACAAUUUCCAUUCGGUGUUCCAAUUUUUUAAGGACGGACGGAAACCGUUAUGUCUCAGUGUUAGAAUGACAUGACAGUGUGCAUAAACACAAGCUGUGCCUGCUCAUACUCGUUGGUCUGUGUUUGUGCACCAUCCAAAUAUGUCUCAAGCAGCAGUCUGCCUGCCUGUCUUUGUGGCAGUCAGUUCAGAGUGUAUAGAAAAUGGCUCCUGUGGAUAUCUCUUUUAUGUAAAGCGUUAGAGCUCCCUCUGCUGACACAGUGGCUAAUAGCAGUCUAGUUGUGACAAAUGUCCUUAUGUUCCUUGCGUUGUCUUAUCCCCCCACUUCCCCCCUCCACCCCUAUCUCCCCACCUCUCUGGCUGUUGGUGAAGACAGGCUGGGGAUGGCCUUGUCUCCCCUGGCCUGUUGUAGCCCUCAUAGACCAGUGCCGGCCCUGACCACUGUGACUGAUGUGGGAGGUCCUGUAUUUCUGUAUAAAUGUACAUUGACUGUAAUCCUGUGAAUGAUGUAACAAUUUCAUUAUUUGUAAUAUUGUUAUUGGUUUUAUUUUCUAAAAUGGAAAGCCCAACUCGACUCUCCUCAAUAAAAAAUGAGAUCUGUUA